UCUUCCUGAUGUUGGCUCUAUAUGGGGUCAACCAGGCCCAGGUCCAGAGGUACCUCAGUUCUCGUACGGAAAAAGAGGCCAUUAUUCUUCUUGUUUGCCAUAUCCUUCUAGGUCCUGCUACAUAGUUUUUCCAUGCCAGCAGAUUGUCUUAUGUUUAGGUUGUAUGAUGGGGCUGGUCAUGUUUGCUCGGUAUGGAGAGGAUAGCCCCCUGGACAAGGGCUUUGUCAAAUCUAAUGACCAGAUGGUCCUGUACUUUGUGAUGGACGUGUUCAAGGAUCUGCCCGGGCUUGCAGGACUGUUUGUAGCCUGUCUCUUCAGUGGAGCUCUCAGUACUAUAUCAUCAGCCUUUAACUCCCUAGCGACAGUAACCAUGGAGGACCUGAUUAAACCUCAUUUUCCAAACAUGACUGAAGCCAAAGCUACGCUGCUGUCCAAGGGACUCGCUUUGGUAUAUGGCCUGGUGUGUCUGGCCAUGGCCUACGUCGCCUCUAUUAUGGGAUCUGUUCUGCAGGCAGCCUUCAGCAUCUUUGGGAUGGUUGGUGGUCCUCUGCUUGGCCUCUUCUGCCUUGGAUUGUUUUUUCCGUGGGCAAACUCUACUGGUGCACUGGUCGGGUUGGUAGCAGGCCUUGCCAUGGCCUUCUGGAUCGGCAUUGGCAGCUUUUUGCUGCGCAUGUCUGAGGCCAACGCAAUGGGAGCCCUCAACACCACAAAUCUGCCCCUGUUUGACAACAUGACCACCGCUAUCAUGACCACACUGGUCAGCGCCAACACAGCCAAGCCGAGGCCGACAGGUGUGGAGGCACUCUACUCGCUAUCCUACAUGUGGUAUAGUGCCCACAACUCCACCGUGGUGGUGGUAGUGGGACUUUUGGUCAGCUUGCUAACAGGUACACACUACAUUAUUUGAUUGGAUGUUCAAUUCCAAGACUG